UUAUGUUUGGUUAGUGUUCGUGUUUGAAUAGGAUAUUCAUCGAGAAUCACCUCCAUCCGUGACCCUGAGUGGUGGUGAUUAUGUGCUACUAUCAGGCGAUGAUGGGUGGCGAUGACAGGGAUGGGGAGCGAAGGUGUGAGAAAGCAGAGGGACGAUAUUCAGCCAUCAGAGAGAAAGCAACUAGUGACGGUUCCAUAUCCUCUCCUUCUUCAUCCGUCAGGCGUCCACGAAGCACGCAGAGUGGCGGCCAUGAGUCACCGCGAGAAGUGUCUGGAGGUGACGAAAUCCAGGACGCUGAAGUUUAGCCUCACCAGGAAGGAACCACGAAGCUACAGACCUUUAAUUUCUGGAUGACGAAGUGACCCAGCAACACAACGCCUGCCAGCGUGACACCCAGUGCUACCAGUGCUGGGAGGCGUGUGAGAUGCUGGCCACCAACUUCCCCAUCUGGAGUCUGACCUGCGGCCAACACGACAUCUGUGACAAGGGAUGCGAUGCCUCCUGCGCCUUCCACGCCGCCCACCCGAGGAAAGUGGUGCCGCUGAGCCAGCACAACUCCCGCCUCACUCUCGUCUUCAGUGGGACAGCCGCCCAGUGGUCGCUGUCUUGGGGUCGCCAUUCCCCUCGGGAGCACGUGGUCUUCGCCCUCUUCACCCGUUCGCCUGGUAAAGCCUGGGACUUACGCCUUCAGACAGCUGACUUCGGCGCCUCCCUGGAAGACCUCAGCAGUGGAUCAGACAUGAAGCUUGUUGCCGUAGCGGAAUCGGGCGUGCUGUCAGUCAUCAUCACGCCUUAUGCCCCGCCUGCACAUCCUAAAGGCGCCAUGAAGCCAGCCCUCGGCAUGCCCUUGACACAGGCUACUCGUGAUCGCACUGAGUCUAAUGGCAUUGAUGUUGGUGACGGCGAGGAGGCGUGGCCUUUGCUGCACGAAGCGGAGGUGGAGUCUUCAGGGCUGGUGGCAGCGAGGGUGUGGUGGCCUCCACUGAGCCCUCGCGGCGCCGACUACCUGGUGACGUGGGAGGUGGAGGGCGGUGGACUGAAGGGACACCUGUACACUGAUCUUCCCGAAGUGGAUCUUACCUUGUGGCCUGAGACGGUAUACCAGGUUCAGGUGGAGGUGAUGACAGGCCCUCUUGGUCAGCCCCUUCGUUCCGCCCACCUUACUCUUGACACUCACAAUAUUACCCUCGCCGCCCACGCCAGGAAGAACAAGCUCAUGCCCACACUGCCGCUGGUCCAUAAGGCGAAGCCCCCCAUGUCCUUGGAAGUACUGCUGGGGAUAGGGGCAGGAGUGCUGGCGGCGCUACUGUUGGUGGUGGGGCUGGUGUGGCGCCGAGCUCGUGCUGCUGCCGGCGCGGGACACACCACCACUGCUGCCUCCUCCAAAUGGGGUGCUUGGAAUCGUACCUUGGCGGACCUCACUCUUGAUGAAUCGCUGGUGGUCAAGAGCCACAAGCUGACUGAAAGUGAGUCUGGUUUCCCUGCCUCCACACACCCACACCACGGCCCGGUGUUUACUCUUGCCCCCCCAGCUCCUCCUGUCCCCUCACUCUUGAGCUUUGCUCGCCCUGCCCACACCCAUGUCAACUUGUACAGCGUGGUUCCGCCCGUUCAAGAGCCCUGCGGGCAAGUCUCCAACAUAUAAGAUGCCCGCGACCUUUCCUGGGGCGGUGGUGAAAGGGUGGCUGGGGUGGUGGUCCAUGUACCCGGGCAGAGCGCAACACAUGUACACCGCCGGCCGUUGGGUGUUAGUGUGGCAGUAACAAGACGGAGAGCUGCCCCUGAUUGCACGGAGUUGUGUUUCUGAAUAUAGAGAGAGACCCUGUGCUGCUGGUCGCCGCGUGCCAGCGGUGAUUCUGAGCAGUAGUAAUCGGCGUUCAGCAUCCGUGCUGCCAUGGACGUCUGCCCGGCGUUGUGACCUUCGGGACCGAUGGAGUAGUGUGAAGGAGCGUCUCCAGUAAAUUGAGGUGGUCUAGCUUUUGAAACUGGUCACGUCGCUGCGAGGGAAGGUCAGCCGUGCAGAGGUGAAACAAACUGCACUUUGCCCAUUAGUUGGCGUUUACUUCUUGGUUCAGUCAUUGGUCGUCCCUACAUCGCUUCGGUCCGGCCUUGUCCAGGCAGGUGCUAUGUGGCCUGGCGACCCUCCGCCCCAAUGCACUGGUCCUCAUACAUGGAACAUUGCUACACUGAAUAGAAUUGUGCAAAUUUUAUUGUCUUACAAUUGGAAGCCAAAGUUCCUACUUGAAGCUCAGCGAAUCGCGCAGCCUCAACUGGAGAUAGAGUGAAUACACGCAUGCAGUGCACAGCUUUUAGUGACGUGACUCGUGUGAUCUGUUCCGUGAACAUUGUCUUCGCAGAAAUAGUAAGUCCUGCCAAGAAUUAUUGUCUGAACAGAUUUGUAUAUGUGUAUAUAUGUGACUGUCUAUUGAAUAAUGAAUUUUAUCAGUUAUUGUAGUCGACUUGCGGUCUGUCGUGUUAUCCGCCGAGUGAAAACCUGAAAAUUUUCGACAAACCGCGUAUAUUUGCAAACCAAAGAAUGAGUGAGAGUGAAAAUGUCUUGAAGUGACGCGGCGGUGAGGCAACGACACUCACCUCUGGGGACUGUCCAUUAUAUAUAUAUAUAUAUAUAUAUAUAUAUAUAUAUAUAUAUAUAUAUAUAUAUAUAUAUAUAUAUAUAUAUAUAUAUAUAUAUAUAUAUUUGCACAAAUCCCCACCAAGAAAAUAGUUGUAAGGUAUUCUUGGGUAAGAGAAGGAAUGAAGGAGCACUGAGAUACAGCGCUCCAUGGCAAGAGGAAGGGAGAGAGGCGGAUGGUGAGCCUGACGGAGAGGCGCCUCCUCCCAUCCUAUCCCAGUCUUGUCUACUCAUCUGUGUACAUAAUGUAAUUACUUCCAUUAUAGUGUACAAAGCUUUUCUACAGAAUAAACACUUUUUUUGGUAA